GUCUGAAAGUGGAAUUUUUAUGGCAAAAUGUUCUGCCAAAGUUUUGGAACAAAGCUUUUGGAUAAAGCCAAAUUUUGCCACAACUGUGGAUUUUGUGCAUUAUCAGAUGUCGGUAAGUACACAACCCUACAGUUUAUAAAAUACAAGUGCACGAACGUUCGUUCAAUUGUAAAAUGGAAGUUGUUCAUUCUACUUUUUAUUUAUUUAAAAUCUUCUUAUCUAUCCCUAUUCUUCUCAUAUGUUUUCUCAUAUUUUUGGCUGUUGUAUUAUUUUCUUUAACAAUAUAUUUCAAACUGUAUUUAAACACGGAAAUAGGCUCAAAACCUCCAAGCAAGACCAUUGGAGUAAAGCCCCUUUCAUUUGAAGAGUUUCGUAAGAAGAAAGAGGAAGACAGAUCAUCAAAAUUUAAGCCAAAACCUGGUGGAAAAAAAGCAAAGUUGUCAAAAGAGGUGAAGGUGCAGGUUGGCAUUGUGAAAGACAAAAAUGGAGAUGGUGUAUUGGUAAGGGUGAAGUCAAGGACAAUAACAAUUGCAGUUGAUGAAGAUGUUGAUGGAAAUGCUCUACUUGAAAAAGCAAUUGACAAACAUUCAAGGCAUCAUAAACAAUUUAACAAGUAUAACAAAUAUGUUCUUUUGUAUAAUGACAUGUCAAUUGUGAGGUAUUUACCCGAGACCAACAUACCAUUUGUGCUUUCAAAAUAUAAAGAAGAUUUGUUGCUGCCAUUCUCCAAAAUGUAUUUCUGGCUAUGUACAGAAGAUGAUUUUGAAAAUUCAAUUUCUGAUGAAAGUUCUGACAAGGAACUUGAAGAGAUUUCGAUGAAGUAUCAUGAGUCUCAACCUUCAACAUCAAACUCUUUGGCCACAACAGGUUGUAGGGAUUUCAAUGAAGAUGCAAGUAAUAAAAUCCUCCAAUCCUCUUCUUUGUCUUCUCAAAGUUCAUUUACCUCAACGUCUCAAGUUUGUAGUGUGUCACAAGGACAAUUGUCUCUGCAUGGAAUAGAAAAAUAUCUAUUGCAACAUCAAUGCCCUACAUGUCUUGGAUACUAUUCACGUGCAGACAUAGAGGCUCAUGCAGACAUGUGCGCAGAAAGGUGGAUAGACCCAAUUGGCAAGUUAUCAGAUGACGAACAAAAUAACCUGGAAAACACGCUCAUUGCUGAAGAGGAAACUUGACAGCCAACUGUUGCACUACCGUGAAAUUGGCACCACAUUGGGGACGACAUUCAACACAACAUUCAUCACAACAUUCAACACCACAUUCAA